UGAUGGCAGGCGCAGAAUUGGAUUAACAGAGUCGGAUCAUACAAUAUUUCAUCUUAAUGACGAGGCAAGAUCUUCUGAUGGAAAUAAAACAAGUAUUUGACAUGGUUAUUACCCUGGAAGGCCCACUGGGAUCUCGGUGUCUGCUGCUCUCGCUUCUGCUGCUCGUAGCCUGGGAGGAGGGCAGCUGCCAGGUUCAGUACUCGGUCCCGGAGGAGGCUAAACAUGGCACCUUCGUGGGCCGCAUCGCCCAGGACCUGGGGCUGGAGCUGGCGGAGCUGGUGCCGCGCCUUUUCCGAGUGGAGUCCAAAGGCCGCGGGGAUCUUCUCGAGGUAAAUCUGCAGAAUGGCAUUUUUGUGAAUUCUCGGAUCGACCGCGAGGAAUUGUGUGGGCGAAACGCGGAGUGCAGCAUCCACCUGGAGGUGAUCGUGGACAGGCCGCUGCAGGUUUUCCAUGUGGAAGUGGUGGUGAAGGACAUUAAUGACAACCCGCCUGUGUUUCGUUUAAAGGAACAAAGAGUGCUGAUUUACGAAUCAAGGCUGCCAGAUUCUCUGUUUCCACUAGAGGGCGCGUCAGAUGCGGAUGUUGGCUCAAAUUCUCUUUUAACCUAUAGACUCAGUUCCAGCGAAUACUUCUCCCUAGAUGUGAAAACCAACAGUGAUGACAAUACACAAAUUGGGCUCGUAUUAAAGAAAUCCUUGGACAGAGAGGAAGCUCCCGAACAUAACUUAUUUCUGACAGCCACUGACGGAGGCAAACCUGAACUCACAGGCACUGUUCAGCUGCUGGUCACUGUGCUGGACGUGAAUGACAAUGCUCCCGAUUUCGAACAGACUGAAUAUGAAGUAAGAAUAUUCGAAAACUCGGGUAACGGAACAAUAGUAAUCAGACUUAAUGCUUCUGAUCGGGAUGAAGGAAUGAAUGGGGAGAUUUCAUACUCUUUUAAUAGUCUGGUUCCAACCAUGGUUAGCGACCAGUUUAAAAUAGAUCCAAAUACUGGAGAAAUAGUAAUUAGAGGGAAUUUAGAUUUUGAAAAAGUAAAUUUAUACAAAAUUCGUAUUGACGCGACGGACAAAGGCCACCCACCCAUGGCUGGCCAUUGCACCGUUUUAUUGAAGGUUUUGGAUGAAAAUGAUAAUGUCCCUCAGAUUGCAUUGACUUCUUUAUCCUUACCUGUCCGAGAGGACGCUCAAAUAGGUACUGUGAUUGCCCUCAUUAGCGUGUCAGAUCUCGACUCCGGUGCCAACGGCCAGGUGACCUGCUUUCUGACGCCCCAUGUCCCCUUCAAGCUGGUGUCCACCUUCAAGAAUUACUAUUCGCUGGUGCUGGACAGCGCCCUGGACCGCGAGAGCGUGUCGGACUAUGCUCUAGUAGUGACAGCACGGGACGGGGGCUCGCCUUCGCUGUCGGCCACGGCCAGCGUGUCCGUGGAAGUGGCCGACGUGAACGACAACGCGCCGGCAUUCGCGCAGGCCGAGUACACGGUGUUCGUGAAGGAGAACAACCUCCCGGCGCACAUCUUCACGGUGUCCGCGCGGGACGCGGACGCGCAGGAGAACGCGCUGGUGUCCAACUCGCUGGUGGAGCGGCGGGUGGGCGAGCGUGCGCUGUCGAGCUACGUGUCGGUGCACGCGGAGAGCGGCAAGGUGUACGCGCUGCAGCCGCUGGACCACGAGGAGCUGGAGCUGCUGCAGUUCCAAGUGAGCGCGCGCGACGCGGGCGUGCCCCCUGGCAGCAACGUGACGCUGAAGGUGUUCGUGCUGGACGAGAACGACAACGCGCCCGCGCUGCUGCCGCUGCCUGGGGCGGGCGGCGCGGGCGGCGCCGUGAGCGAGCUGGUGUGGCGGUCGGUGGGCGCGGGCCACGUGGUGGCGAAGGUGCGCGCGGUGGACGCGGACUCGGGCUACAACGCGUGGCUGUCGUACGAGCUGCAGCCGGCGGCGGGUGGCGCGCGCAGCACGUUCCGCGUGGCGCUGUACACGGGCGAGAUCAGCACGACGCGCAGCCUGGACGAGGCGGACUCGCCGCGCCAGCGCCUGCUGGUGCUGGUGAGGGACCACGGCGAGCCGGCGCUGACGGCCACGGCCACCGUGCUGCUGUCGCUGGUGGAGAGCGGCCAGGCGCCCAAGGCCUCGUCGCGGGUGUUGGCGGGCGCCGCUGGCGCGGAGACGGCGCUGGUGGAUGUCAACGUGUACCUGAUCAUCGCCAUCUGCGCGGUGUCCAGCCUGCUGGUGCUCACGCUGCUGCUGUACGUGGCGCUGCGGUGCUCGGCGCCGCCCAGCGAGGGCGCGUGCGGGCCGGCGGGGAAGCCCACGCUGGUGUGUUCCAGCGCGGUGGGGAGCUGGUCGUACUCGCAGCAGAGGCGGCAGAGGUGUGCUCUGGGGAGGGUCCGCCCAAGACCGACCUCAUGGCUUUUAGCCCUGGCCAUCCACCCUGUCCAUUAGUGGGUGAUACGAGCCAACAUCAGGAUUUAUAUGAUGAUCAUGGU